AAACGAAAGAGCACGGAAAUAAAGCAAAUUCUACAGAAAAGUCCUUCGAUGGACUUUUAAUCAAUCAUCAAAAUUCAAAAGGCGAUGCCCACUUCCUCAAUGUGAACAAUUCUGCUCCGUGGAAGAAUAUUUACAUCUCCACUUUAUCUAUUACAUUCUUCUUCUUCUUCAUUUUUGCUCUGUUUUCUCCACACAAACGUUGCGUUGUCGAUUUUUCUUUGCUUCGAUCUCUGCGUUUCUUUGAUGGGUUCUUCCACUGCUGCAACAGAAUCCAUGGCUUUUGAAUGGAGUUAUGAUGUUUUUUUGAGUUUCAGAGGAGAGGAUACUCGUACCAAUUUCACCAGUCAUCUUGAUAUGGCCUUGCGUCAAAAGGGGGUCAACGUCUUCAUAGACGACAAGCUCGAAAGGGGUGAGCAAAUUUCUGAAUCCCUUUUCAAAUCUAUACAGGAAGCUUCCAUUUCUAUUGUUAUAUUCUCUCAAAAUUAUGCAUCUUCUUCCUGGUGUCUGGAUGAAUUGGUGAACAUAAUUGAGUGUAAGAAAUCCAAGGGCCAGAAUGUUUUCCCAGUUUUCUAUAAGGUGGAUCCGUCGGAUAUACGAAAACAAACUGGUAGCUUCGGAGAAGCAAUGGCCAAACAUCAGCCUAAGUUCCAAACAAAGACCCAAAUUUGGAGGAAAGCUUUAACUACUGCUGCUAACUUGUCUGGUUGGGAUCUAGGAGCUUAUAGGAGGGAGGCUGAUCUUAUUCGGGAUCUUGUUAAGGAAGUGUUAUCUACAAUAAAUCGCACUCGCACACCCUUAUAUGUCGCCAAGUAUCCAGUUGGAAUUGAUUCUCAACUAGAAUACAUGAAGUUUCACUCACAUCAUCUCAACAAGGGAAACAAAUUCCAAUAUUGGACACAAAAUGAGUAUGAGUCUGAUAUUGGUGUUUACAUGGUGGGGAUAUAUGGCAUUGGAGGCCUUGGUAAGACAACUUUGGCUAAAGCUCUAUACAAUAAAAUAGCUAGCCAAUUUGAAGGGUGCUGUUUUCUAUCAAAUGUUCGACAAGCUUCAAACCAAUUCAAUGGCCUUGUUCAACUACAGCAAAACCUACUCUAUGAAAUCUUAGAGGAUGAUUUGAAGUUUGUCAAUCUUGAUAAAGGAAUUACCAUCAUAAGGAAUAGACUGCGUUCAAAGAAAGUUUUGAUAGUUCUUGAUGAUGUGGAUAAGCUCGAACAACUAGAAGCAUUGGUUGGUGGACGUGAUUGGUUUGGUCAAGGUAGUAAAAUCAUAGUGACGACGAGGAAUAGUCAUUUACUUUCUAGCCAUGGAUUUGAUGAAAUGCACAAUAUUCAAGGAUUGAAUCAAGACAGAGCUAUUGAGCUUUUUAGUUGGCAUGCUUUUAAGGAAAGUCAUCCAUCAAGUAAUUAUUUAGACCUUGCCGAACGUGCUACAAGUUAUUGUAAAGGUCAUCCUUUGGCUCUUGUUGUUCUGGGUUCUUUCCUUUGUAAUAGAGGUCAAACAGAAUGGAGAAGUAUAUUGGAUAAAUUUGAAAACUCUUUGAACAAUGAUAUUAAAGAUAUUCUUCAAUUAAGUUUUGAUGGGCUGGAAGGUGGAGUAAAGGAUAUUUUUCUUGAUAUUUCUUGUUUAUUUGUAGGGGAAAAAUACAAUAAUUGUGCUAAAAAAAUGUUGAGUGCAUGCCAUUUGAACGUAGAUUUUGGAAUUAUGAUACUCAUGGAUCUUUCACUUGUUACGAUUGAAAAGGAUAGAGUGCAAAUGCACGGAUUAAUACAACAGAUGGGUCAUAGCAUAGUUCAUAAUGAAUCAUUUGAGUCAGGAAAGAGGAGUAGAUUGUGGUCGGAGCGGGACAUUUGGAACGUGUUUGUUAAUAAUUCGGGAACAGAUGCAAUUAAAGCCAUAAAGUUAGACUUGCCUAAUCCCAUAAACGUAAAUGUAGAUCCAAAAGCAUUCUUUAGAAGCAUGAAAAAUUUGAGAUUGCUUAUCAUUCGAAAUGCACAAGUUUGUACAAAGAUUAAGUACCUACCUAAUAGCUUAAAGUGGAUUGAGUGGCAAGGAUUUGCUCAUCGAACUUUCCCGUCGUGCUUCAUUACCAAAAAUCUUGUUGGACUUGAUUUGCGACGUAGCUUCAUCAAAAGAUUUGGGAAAAGACUUGAGGAUUGUGAAAGGUUGAAGCAUGUUGAUCUUAGCUACUCUACUUUAUUAGAGAAAAUUCCUGAUUUAUCCGCUGCAUCAAACCUUGAAGAAUUGUAUCUCAUCAAUUGCACAAAUUUAGGAAUGAUAGAUAAGUCUGUUUUCUCUCUCAAUAAGCUUACUGUCCUAAACUUUAAAGGUUGUUCUAACCUUAAAAAGCUUCCAAAAGGCUACUUCAUGUUCAGUUCUCUUAAAAUAUUGAAUCUCUCUUACUGCCAAGAACUUGAGAAAAUUCCAGACUUAUCUUCAGCAUCAAACCUUCAGAGCUUGCUACUCAACGGAUGCACAAAUUUAAGAGUGAUUCAUGAAUCUGUUGGAUCUUUGAAUGAGCUUGUAUUGUUGGACCUUGGACAAUGCACUAACCUUUCAAAGCUUCCGAGCUAUCUCAGGUUAAAGUCUCUUGUCUAUUUGGUACUUUUUGGGUGUGGUAAGCUUGAAAGCUUUCCAACAAUUGCUGAAAACAUGAAAUCUUUAAGGUGCUUGGAUUUGCAUUCCACCGCCAUAAAGGAGUUACCUUCAUCACUUGGAUAUCUUACUCAACUCGAUAAAUUACACCUUACCGGUUGCACAAAUCUCAUCUCCCUUCCCAAUACAAUCUAUUUGUUAAGGAAUCUUAACGAACUUCAUCUUGGUGGGUGUUCUAGAUUUGAAAUGUUUCCCCAUAAAUGGGUCCCAACCAUCCAACCAGUAUGCUCUCCUUCAAAAAUGAUGGAAGCAGCUUCGUGGAGCUUAGAGUUUCCCCAUUUAGUAGUACCAAAUGAAAGCAUAUGUUCCCAUUUCACUUUGUUGGAUCUUAAAUCUUGCAACAUAUCAAGUGCAAAAUUUUUGGAAAUUUUAUGUGAUGUUGCCCCUUUCUUAUCUGAUCUACGUUUGUCCGAAAACAAAUUCUCUAGUUUACCCUCAUGUCUCCACAAGUUCAUGUCCUUAUCGAAUCUUGAAUUAAGGAAUUGUAAGUUUCUUCAAGAAAUCCCAAACCUUCCCCAAAACAUACGAAACUUGGAUGCCAGUGGUUGCAAAUCGUUGGCUCGAAGUCCAGAUAACAUUGUGGAUAUAAUAUCAAUAAAACAGGACCUUGAAUUGGGUGAGAUUUUAAGAGAGUUCUUAUUAACGGACAUUGAGAUUCCAGAAUGGUUCAGCUAUAAGACUGCAUCCAAUUUGGUGACUGCUAGCCUUCGUCACUAUCCAGACAUGGAAAGAACUUUGGCUGUCGCUGUUAGUUUUAAAGUGAAUGGAGAUUCAUCUGAAAGUGAGGCCCAAAUUUCAUGCAAUAUAUUCAUCUACAAUAAACUCCGUUGUUUGUUUUCAAGAUCAUUUCUUCCAUCAAAAUCAGAAUAUAUGUGGUUAGUAACAAUUUCUCUAGCGUGUUCCCUGGAGGUGAAUGAUUGGAAUAAAGUUUUCGUCUGGUUUGAGGUUCAUGAAGCACAUGGUGUAACUGUAACAAGGUAUGGGGUCCAUGUCACUGAACAACUCCAUGGGAUACAAACGGAUGUCAAGUGGCCGAUGGUUAAUUAUGCUGAUUUUUAUCAACUGGAGAAAUUGCGAAGGGAUCUGGAUUUUGAGGAUCUCAAAGCUAGUUUAAAGAAGUCUGCUGUUCAAAUUCCAAAGCAACAUUGCAUGCACUUUAGUAUGAUCCAGAGGCAAUAAUUGAUUCCAACAUACAACCUAUUAUAUUUCCAUUGCACGUAACACAUAAUGGAUGCACAUUUAUGCAUGGAAUGGAAGGCAUGGGAGGCACUGCACUCGCCAACUCUCUGUACAGUAAAUUUAAAUGGAUGAAGGAGCACUACUACAGUGAAGCUUUAGAUAAUCCUACAAGCCUUUUGUAUAUCCAAGGAAGAGAGAUAGAGAGAGUUCCCUGGUUGUGGCCCCACCACCUUAAGCGUGAAGAUGGUGAAUUUGGAACCAAUAUCACAACAACCCAUACAAUAUCCUUCAAACGCUAUUUGAUAGUCUUUUAUGAAGAGGAGAUGAUUACAUUUGUAUUUCAAUGGGAAACUAUACGGCGUGUGAUUAGAUAACCUAUAUGGCAGUUUUUACGAUCGGAAUGUUCAUUUUCUGAAUUGAUGGAGUUCGCAGAUGAUUGGAAUGAAGCUGGCAAGUAUUUUUUUUCAAACAUAAUUACAUUUAAACACCCUUUUCAUAUUUUUUGGGACUUGUAUUAAUUUAAACGCUCAACUUGUUAGUGUAUGUAUCCAUUUAACACCACUCUUCUUAAAGCCAGAAUAUGAAAGUGAAGAGGAAAGUGUCAUUUUGUUAUUAAAAUUAAGAAUUGAUCCAUAUUCUUAUGGCACA